AUGGUCGAUACUUCGACCUCUCACAGCGUAAGCAGUUUCCUUACUCGCAGACACUCCACCGGGGAUCACAGUAACAACAGUAAUUCCAUAGUGCUUGCACCUUAUCCGCCAACAACACCAGAUCAUUCAUGUAAACAAUUCAACACUCCAGAAGGUGUAUAUACCUUGGAUCAUUCCAUCUUUGUAAACUCUAUGCAUCCACUGUAUUCAGUUGGCACAACAGCCAGUCUUGUGUCUAUUAAAUACAAGGAAACAGCACCCAACAAUUUACAACGUUAUGAAGCACAGCCCGGUGCUCGAAGUUUUCGUAACAUGUUUAGCACACAUCAUCAUCAUGCCCAUCAUGGUGCUGGCAGCACAACCACCAACAAUUCCAACACGGAUUCUGAUGAAGAGCACAGCAGCAGCCAACACCACGUCUUUAGAACCCCUUCUCUCUCAAGCUCUUCCUCUAGUCACAAGAACAACACACUAGGAACACCAUUGUCCCACUCUAUUCCAGAAGAACCCAGUAUCGCUAUACCCAAUUCAAAGAUCUCUACAACGACAAGCAGCAACAGCAGUAGCACAGAUAACACUGUUAUACCUCCAGGAUCUUCGAGCCCCACACCCACAUCAACGCUCUCUUUUCUGGCUAGAAAUCAUACAUUGGGAAGCAACCGACAUCCCAGAAAGCCUAAAACCAGCAUUACAAAGACAAAUUCCAGUUUUGUACAGAGGAUCAUUACAAAUGAUCAAUUGGCAAAGAUUUUGAUGGCGCGUACAAGUGACGAUACCAAUCUGUUUUACAACUGUGGCAUGAGUUUUGUCUGGGUGGAUGCGCAUGGCCAUCCCAAGGAACCUCUCUCACGCAUUGUAUUCGCUAGAGCGUGUCCAACGUCGCACGAUGUAAAUGUACUGACCCGUGGCGCAGAUCAUUUAGACAUCAUUAUUGGCUUUACAUCAGGAGACAUUAUUCAUUUUGACCCUCUCAACAAUAAAUACAGCCGAAUCAAUAAGGGUGGCGUCAUGAACUCGUCUCCCAUCACCAUGAUCAAAUGGCUACAAGGCUAUGAAAAUCUGUUUAUGGCGGCUUUUCAAGAUGGCACACUGAUGCUAUUCGACAAGGAAAAAGAAGACGAGGCAUUCCAUCCUGGCGACGGCUCAAGGCCUUCCUUUGGACGGCCAAAAAAUACCAAGUACAGCGAAAAGAACAUGUUCGUCAUAUCCAAACCACCGCCCAAGAUAUCCUUCAAAUGCAACCCCGUUUCUCACUGGAAACUAUCCAACCAAGCCAUCACGGCAUUUGCCUUUUCACCUGAUUGUCAGCAUGUUGCUAUUGUGGGUCAUGAUGGACUACUGAGGGUUGUCAACUUUUUGCAUGAAACUAUUCAUGAUGUAUAUGAAUCUUAUUAUGGUGGCUUGUUCUGUGUGGCAUGGAGUCCAGAUGGAAAGUAUAUUUUGACGGGCGGACAAGAUGAUCUCGUUACUAUCUGGGCUUUUCGAGAACAGCGCAUCAUUGCCCGGUGUCAGGGACACAAAUCUUGGGUCACCGGUGUAGCUUUUGAUCCAUGGCGAUGCGACGAAAAAGUGUAUCGAUUUGCAAGUGUAGGCGAGGACGCAAAGCUGAUUCUCUGGGAUUUUUCAGUGAGUGCUUUGCACAGGCCCAAAACAAAGGCUGCCAAUCGAAACCGUGGCACAUCAGUGUCCUCUGUCAACUCGCCACCGUUGUCGAGCAUAUUAGCGACAAUGCAGGACCGGUAUCCAACGAUACACCCUGUUCAAUCAAAGACAGAAGUCGCAUUUUUGCAGCCUACUGUGGCGAAGACCAUCCAUGGAGAUCCCUGUGUGGGUGUGUAUUUCAGAGAAGAUGUGAUGGUGACGACAGAUAAAAGGGGCCGUGUCAGUAUAUGGCAGAGACCAACACCUCCAUCAGUGCAUUCUGAUUCUUCAUCUGCAUCCUAA